GCGUCUUGUCAAAAUGGUUGUUUAUCAUUGUAUUGGAAUCGGAAGCUUUACAUUUUUGUGAGAAAAAUAAACAAAUUAUCCAAUGUUAAGUGGAUUCAGUUGAUAAUUAAAGAUGUGCGACGAAGGGGAAGACUACUGCCGGCUGUGCGCGGAGCCAACGACGAAGGAAACGCUAAUAUCACCGGACGGAGAUGUGGGAAAAAAUUCCAAAAUAACCACUAAACUAGAAUGGAUAAACGUUGAUAUUUCUACCACAGAUACUCUUCCUAGAUGCAUUUGUUUCUCAUGCUUCGACCUUCUAGAACGUACCUGGUCGUUUCUACACAACGUAAGGAUAGCACAAGCGAAAUUAAACUCGAUAUUCCUAAAGAAAAGCGACAGCGAAAAUUCCGAUACCGAUGUUAAAAUCUCGGCAAAUGAUGAUGGAAAACCGAUUAAUAUUGAUUGGGAAGACUUUGAGAACAUGAAGACGGAGGUAAAACCCGAAAUUGUUAAUGAGACGCUACAAAUAGUUACUGUAGACCCUAAUACUUUGUUAGAUUUAAAUGCUGUUAAAAUUGAGCAAGCUAGUGAUGACGACGGGGGCCCAGCGUCUGAUGGCUUCAAUUCUACGGACAGUGACACUCCCCUCUACAUGGCCGCUAAGAAAAAAAAGCUUAAAAAGAAGAAAAAACUUAAAAAUGUAGAGUUAGCAAUUGAUCCCGAUGACCCAAAAGGCACUAUCCCGUUCCCAGCCAUAAGUUGGGAUGAAUACAUGUGCCGCUGUGCCGAAUGUGAUGCGCAAUGCAAGAACAUUAUGUCCCUGCGCUUACAUGCGUUACAAAUUCACACUCGGUGCUGCAUAUUCAAAUGUUCGGAUUGCAGCAAAGUUAUAAGCAACUACAAGUCUUUUGUAAACCAUGUACGGUCACAUAAGAAGCUCUUAAGAUACUGCUGUGAGUUCUGCAAUAAGCGGUUUGAUACCGCAUCAGGCUUGAAAAAGCAUAGAAACACAUUCCACUACAACGCAUACAGAAUUACCUGUCCGAAUUGCGGAUCAAUGUUCGAAAACGAAGAACAGUUGCAGGACCAUAUGAUAUUAUAUACAAAGUCUUUCAGGCGUCGGACUGUAAAAUGUGAAAAGAUGGAGUACGAGUUAAAAUGUGAGCAUUGUCAAAAAGAAUUCAAGUCACGUAGUAAUUUGCAGCAGCAUAAACUCGUUCACACGGAGCGCAGUAGAGAUUUUUCAUGUCAUAUUUGCGGUAAAAUGUUCUUCACGAAAGGCACUUUGAGUACACAUAUGAUGACUCAUGAUGAUACGAAGCCGUUCAAGUGCAAAUUCUGUCCGAUGGCCUUCAGAGCACGAGGGAAUCUCCAAUCUCACAUCAGCCUCCACUCCGGUGCUAAACCUUUUGUUUGUGAACAGUGCGGUAAAAGUUUCCGAGUGAAAAGACAUUUGAAAUCUCAUUCUAUAGUGCAUACGGACUUAAUGCCUUACGUAUGUGAGUAUUGUAAUAAGACUUUUAGAUUUAAAACCCGUUUAAACCUACAUUUGAGACAGCAUACCGGUGCGAAGCCGUAUAAAUGUGUUUAUUGUCAACGGGACUUUACAAAUGGGUCUAAUUUUAAGAAACAUAUGAAACGGAGACAUAAUAUUGAUACUUCGGUGCGUAAACGGUAUAAUAAUGUUGUAGAAAAUGAAGCUAGUAUGGAUGGGAGCGAAGUGGAGACGAAUCAAACAUAGUAACUAAUAAUGUAGAUAUUGUUUGGUUGUUUUUUUAAUUGUUUAUUGUUAUCUUCAAGCGUUUCUUUGAUUUGUAAUUGUGGGCUGAAAUUAAUAACUGAUUCUAAAUAAUCUAGGUUUUUGAUAGAAACGCAAGAAUAGAAAUAAUCACAAAAUAAAAAAAGUUAAUUUAAGUUUUAACUGUUUCAUUAUUAAAAGGACUUGACAUCCUUUUAUUCUGAAUAAUAUUUUGUAAAAUUCUAUUAAGCUUUGUUACUAUGUAUCACAUCAACA